AAGUGUUCCAAACUUCUAUUACUUAGUUUCCUCAAUUCCUGUGUUCGACAUUAUAAAAUUCAAUCUACCAUAGAAUUUAUAUCGUAGUACAUGCGUAUUCUUGUUUGUCCAAGGCGUUUUCUGCAUACAUACCAUCGCACACCACCGUCAGUUAAUUCUCGCUUUUUUCCUCAUCACGUUUUAUGAAAAAAGACGAGUUUUUUUAACGAAAAAUUAUUUGAACACCGGUUUAUCACAUUAUCUACUAACAAGUAGAAAAAUAUAUUUUAAACAUAAGAGCAGCUAUAUUAACUCUGCAUUUUCAUGGCUAUCAUUGCUGAUCCGGAUUUUGAUAUCAACUUAUGCAAUAACGAAAUGCUUUCGGAAGUUAAGUCUUUAUUAUCAGACGAGGACGAUGAUGACGAGGAAAACGAAGAGGAUGAAAAUCUUGUAGAAAGAUUAGUUGGACUUACAGAAAUGUUUCCAGAAAAAGUGAGGAAUUUUGGUUUCCAAACUGGAGUGCAUAUAAAAGAUUACAUUAAAGCAUUUUAUUCACUAUCGCGUUCCGUUACAUGGUUAUUAAUUAGUUCGUCUGCAAUUUUAUUUGCACCAAUAAUUUUUGAAAGUGAGCGUGCAAGAAUGGAAGAAGCACAACGUAAUCAUCAGAAACAAGUCUUACUUGGGCCAAGUUCCGCAAUAUCUAGUUCUGGCUCUGGUUUUCCAAUGGCUCCUCCUAUUCAAAGAUAAUUUUUGUGUAACAGCAUUUAUAAUAACUUUUAACAAUUGAUAUGGAAAUAUUAUUUUAUUGUCACAUUGAAAUAAUUAAUUUUUUAUUCUCAGUUUUUAUAUAACGAAAACAAAUAUACGAAUUGAAUUAGCAA